CACCACGCCAGCAGCAGCAACGCGGAGGGGAUGCAGCUACCGCCAGCAGCAGCAGCGGCAGCGGGGGCAGUGGCAGCGGGAGCAGUGGUAGCGCCGCUGGUUACUUGGUAGUGUGUGAGUUCGAGGACACCGGCCGCACCCAGGCCAUGCUGUGGCCGCCCGUGACGACGUUUCCGAGACCGCCAGGUACCACUCUGGUUCAGAUAACCGCCCGCAGCCCCCACCUGCCAUCCGCAGCCUCCUCCGCCUCCUCCCUCCAACCAACCAGCACCAGCAGCCCCCAACAGGCCACACCUUUCCAGACCCCCAGCCUCCUCGUCCUCACCGGCUCCUGCCCCGACCUAGGCAGCUGGGACCCCAUUCGAGGAGCACCUCUGACCCUGGACCCCGCCGCUACCGCCGCAUCUGCUGCUGCGGCUGCUGCUACUGCUGCUGCUGCUAGCAUGGCUAGUAGUCCUGCUGGAGGCGCUACAGGUACCACCUCUCCAGGCAGCGUUUGGACCGGCCGUUUUGCGCUGUCUCUUGACAGGCCGGUAACUUGCAAGCUGGUGAUGCUCCGAUUGGAGGCAGGCCAGGCUAUCGCUGGGGAACAGCAGCAGCAAGCAGGGCAGCAGAGGGAGGAGGUGACGGUGGAGUGGGAACCGGGCAUGGACCGCGUGUUAGGACCCAUGGGUCGGCAGCGAGGCGACAAGAUGUUGCUGUACAACCUCGACUGGGGAGUGCAGAACUUUGGUCCUGUCAUUCUGGACCUUCCACAACCGGCAACGGAGGUGCCGUCAUCGUCGCCACCGCCUUCACGCGCCGUCAGCCCUUCCCGGGCCGGUGCUGCUACGGCUGCCGUACAACAAAGCAAUGACCUGGCGGCCGUUCGGAAGCUUGUGGAGAAGGCCGCACAACGUGCCAAUCCGAUGUCACCGCCGCCGCCGCCUUCACCGCCAACCGCUGUGUUAGAACCACCCGCAUUCGUGCUCCCUCCCUCUGUCACUCCACCUUCGCCCCUCGACGCUGCAUCUAGUCCGUCACCGCCUUCCUACGAUGGCAGGCCGCGUGAUACCGCCGAUGCCGCGAGCAAGAAGAUCUCCGAGGCGUUCGAAGCGAUGUAUCAGCGGCAAGGCGAGGAGAGGGAGGAGGAGGUUGAGGACAAGGAGGCCGCCGGUGGUGGCGUCAGCAGGGGUCCGGGGGCUCCACGUGCAUCGCAAGGCCAGUGGAUCGAUGCCGGGGCGUUGCUUGACUCAUUCGAGCCGGACGACGAGGAAGUGCAGGUCACCUACAGCUGUGGCCGCGUAACAACUGUCUCAGGUAGCGGCUCCUCCUCCGCCGCUACCCCAACAGACCAGCAACAGCAGCAGGCGGCUGACCAGCAGGCCGCCCACUCCGCUACACCUGCUGCGGAACCGUACGAUGCUGAGCUGGGGCCGCCUCAGCUGUCAGCAGCAGAGUUGCAGGCUGAGUUAGAAGCCAGGCACCUCGCAGAAAUGGAGGCAGCGAGGUUGGCGGCAACGGAGGCGCAGCGAGCUGCGGAGGCGAGGCUUGCGGAGGCGGCGGAGGUGGAGGCGGAACGGAUGGCGGCGUAUGAAGCGAGCUUGGAGGAGAUGAGGCAGCAGGCGGAGGCGGCUCGAUCUGAGGCAGCCGCCAGCCAGCUCGCCCUGGAGACGCUGCGGGAGCAGCUGGAGGCGGCUCGGGGCCGCGAGGCGGAUCUGUCCGGGGAGCUAGCGACCAUGCAGGCCCAGCUGGCGGAGGCCGCCCGCUCCCAGAGCUCCAGCAGCGAUGCCGUGGACGCACUGGAGGCCUCCCUGCAGGCCGCCCGGCAGCAGUACGAGGCGGCUCUCGGUGAGCUGCAGCGGGCUGACGCGGCGGGCAGCUACAGUCUGCGGCUGCUGGAGCGGUUGGAGGCGGCGUACGGCAGCGCGGUGGAGCAGUUCGAGGAGGUGGUGGGCGAGCUGGCGGAGGCAAGGUAGUGGAGUCGGGGUCGGGGUGGAAGACAUCUAACAUAAACUGAAGACCCUGGGAGAUGAGGGCAGUUUGUAGGCGGGGUAGAGGACAUCAAACGUAUCCGAAGGCAAGGUGAGGACCGGGUACAAGCUGGUAGCUAGUACUAGUACAUGGCCCAAAGGAACGAGCGCUUGAAAUGCAAAGGAAGCAGGUGUUUAUGGAGCUGGCGAAGACAAGGUGGGGGCGGGUAACACAGCUAAGCCGCACUGAAGUUCUGACCGCCGUGACUGCCGUGACCGUUCUGGUUUCCCUCAUGACUCCUCCCUCCCGCAGGUCCUCCCAGCAGCAGUCCGAGGCGCUGCUGCGGGACAUGGCGGCGCAGCUGGAGGCCAGCAUGCAGCUGGCGGGGAGCGUGGAGGCCUACGAAGCCAAGGUACAAGACCUUCAGGCUCAACUGGAUCAGUCCAGCAAGGCCCACGCUGCUGAGCUGGGCGCCCUACGCAGCCAGCUGGAGGGCGUGGAGGCGGGGGCGGCACGUGCAGAGGAGCUGUACGAGGGCAUGCUGCGGGAGAUGAAGGCGGCGCUGGAUGACGCGCUCGCCCGCGAGAAGGUCCUUCACUCUGAGCUUGCCUCGCUCCAGUCCCGGUCAGACGAGCUUCAGCGGCAGGCGGAGGAAGCUGCUGCCGGGGCGGGCGAGUCGGGGCGGCAAGAGGCGGCUCUGCGGGGGGAGGUGGCGAGGCUGAGGCGCGUGGUGCAGCAGUACAAGGACUACCUAGAGGAGCACGACGGCGAGUUGGCUCGCUCGCUGGACCGUGAGGAGGCGCUGGACCAGCAGCUGCGGCGGCUGCAGGCGGCGGCGGGCGAGCAGGAGGGGCGGCUGGCGGAGGCGGAGGCGCGGGCGGGGGAGCUGGAGGGGGAGCUGGAGCAGCAGCGGCGGGCGGCGGAGGAGUAUGAGGCCCAGCUGGAGGCCCAGCGCGCCCAGCUGGCAGCCGCCGCCGCGGAGCAGGCUGCCAUGGCCGAGCGGGCGGAGGCGCUGCAGCGCGAGAUGGGGCGACUGGCGCAGCUGACGGAGGAGUACAAGGCCCGACUGGAUGCAUCCGCUGGGGAGGUGGAGGCGGCCGCAGCUCGCGAGGCCGAGGCGGCUGCUCGAGCCGAGGCAGCCGGGGAGCGGGAGCGGGGCCUGCUGGGCAGGGUGGAGGAGCUGCAGACGGCGAUCGGGCAGUACAAGUCCCGGCUGGAGGAGCAGCGCAGCAGCCUCACCGCCGCAGCGCAGCGCGAACAGCGCCUGCAGGCCGCGCUGGCCUCCCGGCAGGCGGACAACACCGACCUGCGGGCGCAGCUGGCGGACCUGGGCGGGCAGUACCAGGCGGCGGCGGCGGUGGUGGCGCAGCAGCGGCAGCAGCUGGCAGAGGCGGGAGAGGCGCGAGGGGAGGUGGAGAGCAUGGCGGCGAAGAUGCAGAGCCUGCAGGUUGAGCUGCGAGCGGAGCGCAGUCGGCAGCGCGAGGAGCUGCAGCAGGUGAAGGGAGCCAUGGAGCGAGCCACGGCGGUAGACCGGCAGCGGAUGCAGGCGGAGUUCGAGUUGCAGAAGGCGGUGUUGAAGACCGAGUACGAGGUCAAGGUGACGGCGUUGCGGGAGGCCCUCGCCUUCGUCAAGACCGCCCUAGGGCCCCCGUCGCCUGCCAGCACUGCCGCUGCUGACAGCGGGGCGCACUCACCACCACAACAACAGCAGCCCUCGUACCAGUGGCAGCAACAACAGCACUGGGAGCCGGCCUCGCAGCCCUCGCCGUUCGGGCCCCUUGCACAGCAGCCGCCGCGGCAGCAGAAAGACCCCGAAAGAGGAGGAGGAGGAAACCAAAUAGCCCUGGAUCUGCUGCAUGCGAUAUGGGAGGGAGAGGAGCAGGAUGAGGAGCUUUGGAAGGAGCAGCAAGAGCAUCUAGAGCAGGAGCAGCAACCCACCUCAUCAACAACAGCUCCGCUUGCCGUGGGCGGCUCCCAAGGCACCGAUACCGGCAUCAACAACAGGAACUGGCGGGAUGCCCUUUCUGGGACACCAUCAUCCUCCUCUGCCACUGACUCCGCCAAACCCUCAAUCUCCACGCCCUCCCGGGCCUCCCGGUGGGCCAGUAUGGCAGCUGAGAUGUCACACGCUCGCAAGCAGCAGCA